AUGGUGGUUGCGGUCGGUCUGCGUCGACCUCGGUUGCAAAAUGUCAUUCCCCUCUUGGCGUCGAUUCGGCGGUAUGCCAAUUAUCCGGAUCAUAUACCGCUGGGCCGAGCUCAAAAUGCUCUCCUGGCGGUAGGAAGUGGGGUCAUGGGUGUUGCGGAUACUUCUCGCGGAGAUCUCGUGGCGACAUUGUCUGAAUCUACUGCUAGCUCCUUCCUCCCCUCUCUGCACGCUGCGACCAUCGCCCACCCCGAAGGACGGCAAAUCAUGCGCGAUCGUCCCCUCAUAUCUAGCAGUACUGUCAAUCUUGACCAUCUCCGCUCACUCACCCGCGGGACCCUCGGCAGGGAAUACGUCGAAUGGUUGACCGAGGGCGGGCUCACACCCGAUACCCGAGAAAAGGUCCGCUAUAUCGACUCCCCUACUCUGGCAUAUACCAUGCUCCGCUAUCGCCAAACCCACGACCUAUACCACACUCUCUUCUCGCUCCCGCCUACGCUCCCACACGAGCUCACGCUCAAGGUCGUCGAGCUCGCAAACAUGUCAUUACCCGUCGCGGGCCUUUCGUCUGCAUUUGGCCCGUUCCGGUUGAGUAAUGCCCGAAGGGGCGUAUGGCUGAAGGAUUGGGCACCCUGGGCGCUGAGAGUAGGCAGGGAGGGGAAGAGUCUGGUAGGUGUGUAUUGGGAGAAGAGGUGGCAGCAGGGGUUAGGGGAUUUGAGGCGGGAGUUGGGGGUCUAUAGGAAUGAUCAGUAUGGGGUGGAGAGUAGGUGGAAGGGGUAUCGUGAAUUGAGGGAGAGGGAGAGAACGUUGAGGAGGGAAGGUCAGUGGGUGGACGAGCCAGAAGCAUGGUAG